ACAAAGGUCACUCACAAGCUAAAAGCAUGAGCUACUACGGGCGCGGAGGGAGCGGCGACGAUUAUGGUCGUGAUCGCGGGUACCGAGGUGGACGUGAUCGUGGUGACCGAGGAGGCUACUAUGAAGACCGUCGAGGUGGAGACAGACGCAAUGAUCGACGCGGCCCUCGCGAGGAUGGCGGGCGCAAUUGGCGCGACCGCCACCUAGGAAAUUCCAAGGGGGGGGCAGAGCAUUUGGCCCGGAUUCAUGGCACGGAAGAGGACAAAGUGAAUUGCCCCUUUUACUUCAAAAUUGGGGCAUGUCGGCACGGAGAGCGGUGCUCGCGGAAGCACAACAAGCCUCCCUUCUCUCAGACUUUGUUGUUGAAGCAUAUGUACAAGAAUCCGGCCUCAGCACUCUUUACGGCUCCAGCGCGGGGAGAAAGGGCCGCCCCCCAAGGUGCGAAUGAUGCGACGAACCAAGCGGGCCUGGAUGACUUUGAAGAUUUUUUUGAAGAAGUGUACGAGGAGCUGGCAAAGUUCGGGGAGGUGGAAGGGAUGCACGUCUGCGACAAUCUGGGCGAGCACAUGAUCGGAAACGUGUACGCCAAGUACGCAGACGAGGAAGAGGCAGACGAGGCCCGACAAGCCUUGAACGGGCGGUUUUACGCCGGCCGGGUCCUGGAGGUGGAGUUCUCGCCCGUGACGGACUUUCGAGAGGCGCGCUGCCGCCAGUACGACGAGGGGCAGUGCACGUACGGGCCCUAUUGCAACUUCUUGCACGUAAAGACCAUUUCAAGGGCGCUGCGUCGAGACCUUGAACGGCAAGCGCGGCGUAGGCGGGAACGUAAGCGGAGCCGGUCGGAGGACCGGAGGAGUAGGAGCUCAGAGAGGGGGCAUAGGCGGGAGGUGGGGGAGGAGGAGGAGGACAGGGGGGAGGAUGACGACUUGCCGAAGGAGGACUAUGUUCCUUCUUUAGCCAUUUCG